AUUUGUGCGUUGUGCGUGCUUUGCGUCAUGCCGGGGGGGGAACCUCUCUCCGUCUCUCCGUCUCCACACCGCGACACGAACCGCACCGGGGUUGAAGCUGCUUUACCGACGUCUACCGAGCACAAAUACCCCCCCACAGCCACGCUUUAACUCGUGCAUUUAACCGGACUUUGUAGCUUUUUUUGUUUGUUUGUUUUUUUCCCAGGGACGCGCUGCUUCUCCGUUCCACCCCGUGCCAGUGUCAUUAUUACCGCUUUUACGCACGGCUUUGCGCUCCGCGUCUGCCCCGAAAGCGAAGGGAUAAGCGGUCCAGGAGAGCAAGCGCUAAUCCGGGACACAAUAAGAGCUCGGUUUGCUUUGCUAGCUGCAGCUUCGAGGGGCUUAAAUCAAUGCUACGGACGGCGAGGAGGAGGAGACCGAGACGAACAAAGCCGCAGCCGAGUGCUAUGCCCCGUUACAACGCAGGGCUUCGGCAGCACUGAACGACCAUGGGGGCCCUCACGAGCAGGCAGAACAUGGGCGUUGAAGAGGUGGAUAUUCCGUCCAAUUCGGUGUACAGAUACCCCCCGAAGUCCGGGAACUACUUUGCGAAUCACUUCAUCAUGGGCGGAGAGAAGUUCGACUCCACUCAUCCGGAGGGUUAUCUGUUUGGAGAGAACACAGACCUCAACUUCCUGGGCUCCAGACCCGUCGCGUUCCCGUACGCUGCUCCUCCGCCUCAAGAACCUGUGAAGACUCUGAGAAGUUUAAUCAACAUCAGGAAAGACACACUCAGGCUCGUACGAUGCAGUGAAGACCUAAAGCUGCCCGGCGACGAGGCGGCCAAUCAGAGCAGAGCUUGUUACAACGUGGAGUUUACCUUUGACUCGGACACUCAGGUCGCCAUCACCAUUUACUACCAGGCCACGGAGGAGUUCCACAACGGAGUACCCAUAUACCUGCCUCAGGACGGAUCUCUUCAGUCUGAAACGGUUCAUUUUAAACGAGGAGUUUCUCAGCAGUUCUGUUUACCCUCCCACUCUGUCAACCUGAGCGAGUGGGCCGACGAGGAGUUGGUGUUUGACAUGGACAAAGAGGUUUUCCCGAUGGUGGUUCAGGCCGUGGUCGACGAAGGAGAAGAUCACAUGGGCCACUCUCAUAUUCUGCUGGCGACUUUUGAAAAGCACAUGGACGGGAGUUACUGUGUGAAGCCUCUCAAACAAAAACAAGUGGUGGAUGGAGUGAGUUACCUCCUUCAGGAAAUCUACGGCAUCGAGAACAAAUACAACAGCCAAGAAUCAAAGGUGUCGGAGGAUGAGAUCAGUGAUAACAGUGCAGAGUGUGUUGUGUGUCUGUCUGAUGUGCGUGACACUCUGAUCCUUCCGUGUCGACACCUGUGUUUGUGUAACGCCUGCGCAGACACGCUCCGCUACCAGGCCAACUGCUGCCCCAUCUGCAGGCUGCCGUUCCGGGCGCUGCUGCAGAUCAGAGCCAUGAGGAAGAAGCUGAGUCCUGUGACGCCCACGAGCUUCAACGCCGUCAUCACGUCCCAGACGUCCGACUCAGAGGACACGUCGGCGUCGGAGCACAUUCCUCCGGGGUACGAGGCCGUGUCUCUUCUUGAGGCUCUGAAUGGGCCUCUGACCUCGUCGUCUGGAGCUCCAGGACUCUGUGGAACCAGCCAGACCCCGGCCGCUCUGCCCCCCUACAACAGUGAGCCUCAGCUGGGCACGGGACGCUCCCACUCCCCCCCGGACCACAGCGCCUCCAGCCAGGGGGCCAAACUCAAGAAGAGCGCCUCCAAGUCUCUUUCCCAGAAUUCCUCAGUGCUGCAGGAAGAUGACGAGAAGAGCUCCGAGUCUGAGAACGGAGCGCACAAGAUGGCCGCCAGUCAGAGAGAAAGCGGUGCUACUCCCGACAGUGAGAACGUGACCCUGUCUUCCUCUGGAGCCAUAGACCAGUCGAGCUGCACCGGGACCCCCCUCUCCUCCACCAUCACCUCCCCCGAAGAGCCCGUGAGCUGUAGCCUGGCCCAGUCUGUCAUGUCCAUGGCCUCGUCUCACUCCCAGCACUCCCACAUCAGCACGGACACGCUCUCCUCCAUGUCCGGGUCCUACCUCGCCGCCCCCGACCCCGAGGCGGUGAUCGACGAGGGGGCGGAGGAGCUCCAGGACGCGCCCAUGGACAGCGAGCGCGGGCCGUCUCAGCAGGACGAGGAUUUUCUCGUUGAACCGGAGCAGAAUUAUUCUUUAGCCGUGGUCGAGGAGCAGGAUUCAGAGGGAAAUGACGUGACAGAAGAAGACUGCUCCUCGAAUUCAAACGGCAAAGGUGGGCGGACCCGCUGUGCAGAGCUGGCCAAUAACAAUCAGGGCUGUGACACGCCCUCUUUGGGAUUGGACAAUGAGCAAGCUCAAGCUGACGCGCGAUUCGCCGACUUGUUGUUUCUUGGAGGCUUCAGACCCGAGCAAACACACAGCUCCAACUCCAAUCUGAACCUGGAAGAACCUGGACUGGACCAGAACCAGGACUACAGAGAGACCCAAAGUCCUAGACCAAGACCACGAGGACCCCUUUUCUUUUAGACCUGUCCGUAAUCCUGGUCC